AUGGCCCGCCGCGUCCUUCUCACCGGCGCCAAUGGCUUCAUUGGAUCGCACAUCCUAACGCAGCUUCUGGACCACGGGUUCAACGUCUGCUGUGCGGUGCGAACACGAGCCAAAGGCGACCAGAUCUUGAAGGACUUCGCGGCGCAGCAAUCGCAGAUUGCCAUCACCGUCGUCCCCGAUAUCGUCGCCCCGAACGCAUACCAUGCGGCGGUGCAGGGGACACCGUCGUUUGACACCGUCUAUCACACCGCUUCCCCUUUCACGUACCAGAACGUGGAGAACAAUCUGCAGUUUCUCGAGCCAGCGAUCAAGGGCACGUUGAAUCUGCUCAAAGCCGUAAAGGACCAUGCGCCGAGCGUGAAAAGAGUGGUAUGGACCGGUAGCUGCGCCAGCGUGGUUGAUUACGACCACCUGGUCUCAGACCCCCCAAAACUUUAUACGGAAGAGGAUUGGAACCCGAUAGCCUGGGAAGAGGCAGUGCACGGAGAUCCGUCAAAGGCGUACAGAGCAAGUAAGCUUUUUGCGGAACGAGAAGCCUGGGCGUUUGUCGACAAAGAAAAGCCGCAUUAUGACUUGGUGACGAUAUGUCCGCCGGCCACUUUUGGUCCGCUGCGGCACUCCAUCACGAGUAUCGAAAACCUGAAUGAAUCGAAUGCUCGGCUGUGGAGGUUUUGCUUCAGUUCCACAGAGGAUGCGCCUAUGCCGUACAUGCCUGUACACACUUACGUCGAUGUCCGAGAUCUUGCCUAUGCCCAGUUCCAAGCGAUGAUGGUUCCCGAGGCAGGCAAUCAACGCUUCGCCGUGUCCGCCAGGCAAUUCAGCUUCCAGGAAGUCUGCGAUAUUCUCCGAUCCCGCUUCCCCGAACUCAACCACCGCACGCCGCUGGGUAAACCGGGAACCAGCUCCUUACCCCCAGGUGCAUAUUCCAUUGAUAAUUCCAAGGUGAAAUCGCUCUUGGGAGUCGAGUUCCGAAGUCUGGAAGAGACCGUGGUGGACGUCGCACGUUGUCUGUUGGAUAUUGAGCGGAACGAAAAGGAAGCUCAUUUAGUGACACUGAACCUGGACUUGCUGGAUGUUUCGAGCGGCAGUCUGCAUAAUGCACAGAAGAUCGUUGGUGGUCCUUGUUAUCAGGCUGGUUUCUCGAAAGCGGUCAAGAGCGCCGUGGGCGACAAGUUGCUGGUCAGUGCGGUCGGUAGUAUUUCCAGUGGACCACAGGCAGAGAAGCUCCUGGAGGCGGGUCUGGAUGCCAUAUUUGUCGGCCGGUUGUUCUAG